AUGUCGAAAGCAAUCUUCAUGUCCCAAGUCGAUGGCAAACCCGGCCAAGUCUACUACCCCCUCUCCGUCCAGACACUGCCUUUGCCGACACCCCAGGGGCGCGAACUCCUGGUCAAAAUGACUGCGGCCUCACUCAACCAUCGCGAUGUUUUUCUGCGGCAGCACCUGUACCCAGGCGCCACUUUCGAUGUUCCCCUAGGCGCAGACGGGGUGGGAGUGGUUGUCGGCACUGGCCCCGACGUGACAAAUCCCGAACGCUGGCAGGGCAAGCGUGUGAUUCUGAACCCUGGGACGGGUUGGAACGAUUCUCCGGAUGGACCGGAAGAUCCUAAGGGCUAUCGUAUUAUGGGUGGAACAAAAAUCUACAACAAGGGUACACUGCAGGAAUACCUCACCAUUGAAGAGUCCGAGGUGGAAGAAGCUCCCGAGCAUCUGUCGGAUGCGGAAGCCGCUGCGUUGCCAUUGACUGGAUUGACGGGAUGGAGAGCGUUGGUGGUUAAGGCGGGCGAAAGGAACUCUGGCAAAGGCGCAGCUGUCUUGAUCACGGGGAUUGGCGGUGGUGUUGCGCUGAUUGUUCUCCGUUUCGCGGUGGCCAGGGGUGCGGAUGUCUAUGUGACCAGUUCGAGCGAGGAGAAGAUCCAAAAAGCCGUGGCACUGGGAGCCAGAGGUGGUGUGAAUUACAAGGAAGAGGGAUGGGAAAAGAAGCUUUUGGGUAUGCUUCCUAGCGGCAAGCAGAACUUUGACGCCGUCAUCGAUGGUGCAGGUGGUGAUUCUGUCGAGAAGGCCACCAAGUUGCUCAAGGCUGGUGGUGUCCUCUCCGUUUAUGGAAUGACCGUGUCCCCCAAGAUGCCAUUCCUAAUGCAGGCUGUUUUGAAGAACAUUGACGUUCGUGGCUCUACCAUGGGCUCUCGCAAGGAGUUCAAAGAGAUGGUCGAUUUCGUCAAGGCGAACAAGAUCCAUCCAGUGAUUUCUCGCGUUGUGCAGACCGACCUGGGCGAUAUUGAGGGACUUGACCGUUUAUUCCAGGACAUGAAGGAGGGAAAGCAAUUUGGAAAACUGGUAAUCGAGUUCGGAAAGUCUUCAGGAAGCAAGCUAUAA